AUGAUUCAGGUUACCAGAAUAGCAACAAUACUGCCCAGGGUUUAUAGCCCCUAUCUAUCUAUCUAUCUAUCUAUCUAUCUAUCUAUCUAUCUAUCUAUCUAUCUAUCUCAUUAUGUUCAUUUAUCUAUCUAUCUAUUUCAUUAUGUUCAUCUAUUUAUCUGUUUGUCUGCCUGUCUGUUUGUCUAUCUGUUUAUUUCAUUAUGUUCAUCUAUCUAUCUAUCUAUCUAUCUAUCUAUCUAUCUAUCUAUCUAUCUGUUUAUGUUCAUCUAUCUAUCGUUCAUCUAUGUAUGUAUCUAUCUCAUUAUGUUCAUCUAUGCAUCUAUCUCAUUAUGCUUAUCUAUCUCAUUUUGUAUAUAUUUAUCUAUCUAUCAUGUUCAUUUAUCUAUCUCAUUAUGUUCAUCUAUUUAUCUGUCUGACUAUCUCUCUAUCUUAUUGUGUUCAUCUAUGUAUGUAUCUAUCUCAUUAUGUUCAUCUAUUUAUCUGUCUGACUAUCUCUCUAUCUAUCUCAUUGUGUUAAGUUGGUCAAUAGCUGGUAUAAUCUGCCAUAGAAUAGAACUGGCUUUUCCAGACAGCUGCAACUAUCACAAUAUGCCAUGA